AUCCCAGCAGCAGCGACAGGUUCUGCCUCGGUCAGCUGCCUAACGUGAACCGCAACCCUGUCGUCGAGCAGACACGUAAACACAUCGGCAAGGGCGUGCGGCUAUACUACAUCGGUGGCGAGGUGUUCGCCGAGUGUCUGUCGGACUGCAGCAUCUUCGUGCAGUCGCCCAACUGCAACCAGCGAUAUGGCUGGCACCCCGCCACGGUCGUCAAGAUACCUCCAGGCGUCAGCUGGUGACGUCGACGCCGUGCUGGAUCGAGCUGCACCUCAACGGCCCCAUGCAGUGGCUGGACCGCGUCCUGACACAGAUGGACUGCCCCCGUCUCUGCAGCUCCAAGUCUUAAGUGGUGCAGUUACUGCAGUCCUACAGUCUGGUGCAGUUACU